GAACUCAGGAACUCAGCACGCUUGCGCAGACUUCCCACCUCCCCCUUCUCCUAGGGGCAAAGGGCAGGCAGUUCAGGUCUGGCAGCAGAGUUGCUGGACUGCUGGCCAUGGCGAAACCGGAGUGGGAGUCCCUGGAGCAAUGCUUGGAGAAGCACCUGCCACCUGCAGACUUGAAGGAGGUGAAGCGCAUUCUGUAUGGCAAGGAGACCAGGAAGCUGGAUUUGCCCAGUGGUGCUUGGGAAGCCGCCGCCAGAGGGGACUUCGAACUGCAAGGCUAUGGCUUCCAGGCAGCCGAGGAGCAGCUGAGACCACCCCGCCUCGUGCGUGUGGGGCUGGUGCAGAACAGAACGCCCCUCCCCACAGAUGCCCCUGUGGCAGAGCAGGUCUCAGCCCUCCACAGACGCAUAGAAGCCAUCACAGAGGUGGCCGCCAUGUGCGGCGUCAACAUCAUCUGCUUCCAGGAGGCGUGGACUAUGCCCUUUGCUUUCUGCACGAGAGAGAAGCUGCCGUGGACAGAGUUUGCCGAGUCAGCGGAGGACGGCCCCACCACCCGCUUCUGUCAGAAGCUGGCCAAGAAGCAUGAGAUGGUGGUGGUAUCACCCAUCUUAGAGCGGGACCGAAAUCAUGGAGACGUCUUGUGGAACACGGCUGUGGUGAUCUCCAAUUCAGGAGCCGUCCUGGGCAAGACCAGGAAGAACCAUAUCCCCAGAGUGGGUGAUUUCAAUGAGUCAACCUACUACAUGGAGGGGAAUCUGGGCCACCCCGUGUUCCAGACACAGUGGGGGAAGAUUGCUGUGAACAUCUGCUACGGACGCCACCACCCCCUCAACUGGCUCAUGUACAGCCUCAACGGGGCCGAGAUCAUCUUCAACCCGUCGGCCACUAUUGGGGCGCUCAGUGAGUCGCUGUGGCCGAUCGAAGCCAGAAACGCAGCCAUCGCCAACCACUGCUUCACAUGUGCCAUCAACCGCGUGGGCGAGGAGCACUUCCCUAAUGAGUUCACCUCUGGAGAUGGAAAGAAGGCGCACAAGGAUUUUGGUCACUUUUAUGGCUCCAGCUACGUGGCAGGCCCUGACAGCAGCCGGACUCCUGGGCUCUCCCGGAACCGGGACGGGCUGCUGGUUGCCGAGCUUGACCUAAACCUCUGCCGGCAGGUGAAUGACAUCUGGAACUUCAAGAUGACCGGCAGGUAUGAGAUGUAUGCUCGGGAACUGGCCGAAGCUGUCAAGCCUAACUACAGCCCCAUCGUCCUGAAGGAGUAGCUGGUUCUGCUCUUGCCUGCCUGUCUACUGGCUGCUGCCUGAAUGCUGGCUAUCCAGAUUGGUUUUAAAAUGCUUGCGCAGAGCCACGGAGACAGGGAGGGGAACUGCUUAGCAGGUGCAAGGCUUCCUUCAAAGCUAAAAGGAGGGGAUGGUUGCAGCACAUUGCCACAUGCCAAAUACCACUGCCUGAUUUGCGUACCGUAACAUGUUUCAUUUGCUGUGAUGCGAAUUUCACCUCAAAUUAAGAAAUAAUGCCCAGUGGGCAUUCAGUACAGCUCCUGCUUGGGACACCCACACGCUGUAUGCAAGCGCCUGCGUUCACAUCCUGGCACUGCUUCCAAUGCAGCAUCAUGCCAGUGAGCACCCUGCUUGGGUCCCUGCUGCCUGCAUCAAGAGGUACAGAUGACAUCCCAGGCUCCGGGCUUCAGCCUGGGCCCAGCCCUGAUGACUUAUACUGGAUAUUUGGAGUGUGAGCUAGCUAUUAAAAGAUCUGUCUGUGUCCCCAUGC